UUUAUAACGAUGUAUAAUACAUUAAAAAACAAAAACAAACAAAAAAACAGAUAUACUUAGAACUCUGAAAAGAUCUUAGUUGAGAAUCACAGGACCCCUCUAAGGCCCCGUUGAGCAUCACCAAUAAGAGAAACAGAGAGAGAGAGAGAGAAAGAGAGAGAGACACGAGUAGUAGAAGUAAAGUAGGGGUGGAGAUAAAUGUAGAAGAAGAAGAAGAAGAAGAAGGAGGAUAGAAAGCAUGCUGAAUGAGACAGGAAUAAAGGUAGAGGGGUAGAGUGGCCCAGUGUCGGUGAUGUCGGUGAGGGAAAAUGAAGGUAGUGUUGGAAGCAGGCUGGUGUCUCAAUCAGCCAAGAACCGCAGGUUGGGGUGCCCUGGACCCCUGUGGGUGGAGGAUAGAGUGGGGAGAAGGGCGGAGUACGAGGCCUUCGGCUUCGAACCCGUCACAACUCAAUCUAGUAACUCUGAGGCUGCGGCCGUGUGCGAACGUCUCCUGAUUUAUCAAUAUUUUUUUUUCUCCUUAUUUUUGUUUCUUAUAUCACCCCACUACCCUCUACCCUUCUUUUCGUUUCCCUAUAUAUAGAAUGGAUACAUGAAUAUCUGUUUACUUUUUUUUUUUUUUCUUAGUGUUGAUUAAUUAAUUAAACGUAUAAAUUGAACGUUAAAACGAAAGUAAGGAAGAGGAAGAGGAAGAGGAAGUGGAAGAGAAAGAGAAGGAAGAAAAUAAAGUCAAAGGAUGGGGAACGAUGGAACAAGAUAGUUUAGUCAAAUUGUUACGAUUUAAACGGGAAUAAUAACAAACGAAAUAAAUUUCUAAGAAAUAGUGUCAAAGUGUUGUAUCGAGAGGAACACGAUGUGAUUAAUCGUGUAUUUAUUCUGGAAAGAAUAUGCAAAGGAUGUCUCGUGGCGUGUAUCGGUCGGACGUUGUCCUAGUCUCGAUGAUGCUUUUAACGAUGAUGUUCACCUAUACAAAAUCCACGUCAAUAUCUUGCGAGGAUGCAAGACUUAGGUGUGCUUAUAGAAUUGGAUGUGGUAUGGCACUUCAACACUAUGUCACCGGUUGUGCAUCCGUUUUGCAAGGUGACAAAUGUUCCGAGUCAUGUCAGCACGCCCUAAUUGCUCUGACCAGUACCGAUGAAGGAAAGGAACUCAUGAUGUGUCAAUGUACACCAGACGACGAGUUCUGUCAACAAUCGAAACAAAAAGUUGAAAAUUGUAGAUCUUCGGUGACGACUGCUAUGAACAAGACAAGGGUAUCCUGUAGGAUAGCAACUUGGAUAUGUAACGCAGAUGCAUUAUGUCAAACGGCAUUAUCUUAUUAUAAUAAAUUUUGUAAGAGCAUGUUCCAUGGGAAGAAAUGUACUCAUCGAUGUAGAAAUUCGUUAAAUAUACUAAGGCGACAAGAAAAAGCAGCUAAAUUAACUACUUGUCUUUGCGAUGGAUCUGAGGAAUACGAUUGCAAGGGAAUUCAUCAUAACAUGAAUACACUAUGUUUCGGAAAAAUUCAUCAUGAUUAUCAGCAAGCUAAAAAGGACGUUGACGAUACUAGGACGAAUGAUAUUCUUCGUAUUGAAACAAACGUUUAUGGGAAUGAUGCAACAACUGUUCAGUUAUUUGUCAAUAGGACAAUAUUGACGAUAUCCAUCAUUUGGAUACUUCUUUUUUCGAGGCUAGGUAAUAUCUAUGCUCACACAAUUCAUUGAAUUAUUAUCAAUUUAUUGUAACAUCUUUUUUUUUAUUUGUUUAUUUGUAGACUGACAAGGAAAUCAAGUGCCAAGAAAAAAGAAAUGUCCAAAUAAAAGUACAGUAUUUCCGCGAGUGUAACGACCAAAGAGCAUUUAUUUUUUACAAAUGUUUAAAAAUAAGCAGCGCCGAACUACGAACGAAAAGAAGAGGAACGUCAGAGAGAGAGAAAAAAAGGGCUGGCGAGUAUCCUUGAGAACCCUUAUCGAAGACUGCGUUUUUUAUGCGUUAAAGAUUUUUUUUUUUAUUUUUUUUUGUUCAUUUUUUCCCCGUGUUCCAAAAGAAAGAAAAGAAAAGCAAAAAAAAAAAAAACUUUCUGCAAACUGAGAAUCAUGUAAGAAGAACGUUUUGCGUUUGUACAUUGACUAUGUAUUAUAGAAAUUAACAGAUAGGGAAUAAUUGUUUUUAAUUGUUGUUUUAUAGGUAUUAUUAUUAUUAUUAAUAUUAUUAUUUUAAUUUAUGACAAAAGGGUACGAAAAGCAUUUUCCUAAUUUAACUCGUUUUCUUUUCAUUCCUCCGGUGCAUAUUUUUCUUACCGAUGACGUAUGUAUAAGAUAAUAUGUAUGACGAGUGUGUGUACACUCGUGUUUUAAUCAAAAUAAUCGUCUGUUUAUGAAAUGGGUACGUUUAUUAUAUGAAAGUAAUCUUAAGUUACCAAACUAUCCAAUGCAUUUGAAAAUCAUCAUCAAAUUUGACGUAUACAAAAUUUUAUUAACACAUUCGCGGCCGACAUAUUUUUUCCUUUUUUAAUAUUGAGUACCG